AUGGCUCUCCUCUCUUUCCUCGUCCCUGUCUUGCUGGCCAGAAGCUGGGCUGAGAUGAGCGCCGCGAAUCCGGAGCUAUCCUCGGUGCCACCACCAACCAAUGUUACAAUACAAGCCUACAACUUGAACACUGUUAUAUUUUGGGGCUACCCUAUUACGCUACAGAGUCCUAUGUUUACCGUACAAGUGAUGAACUAUGGGGACGGGAAAUGGAUUGAUGCCUGCCAUACUUCCAGUCAUUCUUGUAGUAUCUUUUCUAUAAUUAAUGAUCCAUCAAGUUCUCUCUGGGCUAGAGUUAAGGCCAGGGUUGGACAAGAAGAAUCUGUCUAUGUACAGUCCAAAGAAUUUAUUUUAUGCAAAGAAGGGAAAGUUGGACCACCUAAACUGGGUAUCAGAAAGAAAGAAAACCAAAUCACUGUUAAUAUAUUUCACCCUUUAAUUACUGUAAAUGGAAAAGAGCCAGAAGCUAUGUAUGAUGAUGAAAAUGCUUGUUACACAUUCACAUACACUGUGUUUGUGAGCGUCAAUGGAAGUGAGACCACAGAUAAAAUGUACACGAAGGAAGAGGAUUGUAACGAGACUCAAUGCUUCUUAAACAUUCCUGUGUCCUCGCUGAAUUCUCAGUACUGUGUUUCAGCAGAAGGAGUCUCAGAAUCAUGGGCUGUUACCACUGAGAAGUCUGAUGAACUUUGUAUUACCUUUUCUGAUGAUAGCAACACAGAAGAUCCUGUUUGGAUUCCUAUUGUUGCUGCUUUAGUUCUCUUUCUUGUAUUUGCUCUGGUAGUUGCAUGUUGUAUCUUUAAGAAGCUGAAUCCAAUUAAGCCAGAAGGCACCAAGUUACCCAAAUCCUUGCUGUCUGUGGUGAAAAAUGCCUCUUCAGAGGCAAAAUUUGAUUCAAAAGUUAUAUCACCCAUCACCUACCAGCCAAUCACCGUAGUAAAUGAGCAGCUGUCCCCAGGGACCAUUUCAAGCGUGCACACUGAGGACAUUCCCGGAAAAGUGGACCAUGGAGACCUUUCUAGUGAAGUGGAAGUGGUGACCAUUGAGGAAAAUAUUUCUGACUUGGUCCCAUGUAGUCCUCUGACCCGAGAGAGAGAGGAUUCUACCCACGCAAACAGCAGCCAGUCUGAGACCUGCAGCAUCACUCUGAAUGCGUAUCACUCCAGAAACGGCUCUGAUAGUGGCCUGGUGGUGUCGGACAACUGCUCCAGCUCAGAAUUUCCCCCAAGUAAUAAAACUGAAGUAAAGACUGAAGGACAAGACUUCAUAACUCUGAGAAACACCACCACCUCCUUUGGUUAUGAUAAACCACAUGUGUUAGUGGACCUGCUUGUGGAUGAAGGUGGUAAAGAGUCCUUGAUUGGUUAUAGACUUACAGCAGACUCCAGAGAGUUUUCAUGA